AUGGCGUCCUUUAAUUUUACUUCCAUAACGAGCGCACUGUCCGAUCUCGAUCAGCACGGCGUUAAAUGGGUUGGCAAAGCGUCAAAAUGGGGAACGGAAGCGGAAGCGAAAGACUUGAUAGAUGCGAUAAAUGCCUGCAAGGAUAUGCGUUUCCUGAAUCUGGAAGGAAACACAUUGGGCGUGGAGGCGGCAAAAGGAAUCGGCAAAGCGCUGGAAAAACAUCCCGAGCUGAAACAAGCGCUUUGGAAAGAUCUAUUUACCGGGCGCAUGAAGGAGGAAAUUCCGAUUGCACUGAAGGCACUGGGGCAGGGUAUGAUUACGGCUGGUGCACAGCUUACCGUGCUCGAUUGUUCCGAUAAUGCGCUCGGUCCGAACGGAAUGGUUGGAUUGGUGGACCUGUUAAAGAGUUCCACAUGCUACACGCUAGAGGAAUUAAAGCUGAACAAUUGUGGGCUGGGUAUUCAAGGUGGAACAAUGCUCGCCGAAGCGCUACUCGAAGGGCAUAAAGCCAGCAAGAAGGUGGGCAAACCACUCGCACUGAGAGUGUUCAUUGCAGGAAGAAAUCGGUUGGAAAACGCGGGCGCUAAAGCACUGUCGGAAACGUUUGCCACCAUCGGUACGCUGGAGCAAAUCGAAACACCGCAGAAUGGUAUCUAUCAUGUGGGAAUAACCGCACUGUCCGAAGCAUUCAAGAUGAACAAGAAUCUGCGGAUUCUGAACCUAAACGAUAAUACAAUUGGCCCGAAGGGAGCCGCGGCAUUAUCGGUCGCACUACAGGAUCUGCCCAAUUUGCGGGAACUUAACUUUGGCGAUUGCCUGCUGAAAACUAAGGGAGCAACCCUGAUUGGAGAGGCUCUGCACGAAGGACACACUGAGCUGGAAGUGAUGGACUUUGGAUUCAACGAAAUCGGUCCCGAUGGUGGUUUUACGCUGGUGAACGCGGCCGCCAAUAAGGAUAAACUUCGCUCGCUCGUUCUGAACGGUAAUCAGUUUGGUGACGAAUGCUGCGAUCAGUUGCAGGAACUGAUGCGGGACUAUGAGCGCAACGGUGUGAUGGAGCUGGAAGAGGACGCGGGUGACAUGGAGGAAGAAGAAGAGGAGGAAGAGGAAGACGAGGAAGAUGAGGAUGAAGAGGAAGGAAGCGAGGAGGAGGACGAUGAAACGGUUGACCAGGACGAUGAGGAAGACACCGACGAGGAGGAAGAUGCGGAAGAAGCUCUUCUAGCCCGAUUGAAGGAACGCAGCACAAAGGCGAACGGCACCAGUAACGACUCCGCGCUCGAUGUAUCUACCGUGUCGAUCGAUCUCGAUUCAACGCUCCCGAACACGGUCGAUUCCUUCAUCCGGCAACACUAUCCCUCGGAAACGAUGUUCCAAUCGCUGCCGGACAAGGAUAAAGUGGCCGCUUUCCGCGAGUACCUCAAUGCGAUUCCAAAAGACGAUUAUUUGGUACACACAGCAUUCACCAUCAUCAAGUGUUCCGAACUCUGCGAAAGCCAACCUGAAGCGCUGGAUGUAGCGCUAGCCCUGUACAAGGAUGCUUUCGAGUUUGCGAAGACGAACAAACGGCUGAAAAGCUUGCGUGAUUUCGUGCUGAUUCAGCUCGGCUUGCUAAAGCCGGAAGAUCGAAGCUACCAGCUGAAAUACAAUGUGCAAACGUGCCAGCGGGCACUACGGGCCGCUAUCCAGCAGAAUCUGAUACCGAAAGAGGAAACCGAAGUGUUCGAGGCGUUCCUCAAUCGCGUAGGAUAA